UUUCAAAGCUCAGAAGUCAAGCCCUAAUCUUUCUCUUUGCGAUCUGCUCUCCUUCGUCGUCAGUCUCCUCCUCAUCCUUCUCAAGUCCCUCAAAAUUCAGAUUUGUCUUUGGUGGCCUAGAGGAAGGCUUUUCUGGGUCUCGGAUAACAGAUUGUCCUACUCUUCUGUCUGCAUAAGAUGUACUUCUGGUCAUCAUCAUGCCAAAAUGCAGGUAUUGAGUUGGUUCUCUUUUGUAAAUGGACUGCAAGAAAUUCAUUCAACUGGUGGAAGAGAAAAAGAAGAGAGCUUUGGAGAAAAAAGAAGCCCGUUUAAAAUGGGAGCAGAAGCUGGAAGCUGGAGCAAAGGCAAGGGCGGAUGCUGAGGCCAAAGAGAGGAAAUCAAAGACUGCAAAGCAUAAAAGAAGAUCCAUGUCAGAGUCGGAUAGUGAGAGUGAUAGCAGUGAAGGGGAGAGAAAGAGAAGGAAAAGAUCCCACAAAAAGCACAGGAAGCAUCACCACUCCAAUUCAGAUGACAAUGCGAAGAAAAGGGAGAAGAAAUCCAAGAGAAAGCCAAAGAGACGAACAUCAUCUGAUGAUAGCAGUGAUGAAUGUGAGAGUGAUUCUGAAGAAGAGAGGAGGAAGAAGCGAAACCACAAACGCAAGCAUCAUGACUCAAGGUCAGUUUCUGCUUCUGAUUCUUCAAGUGACGAGGAGGAUGGAGUCAAAAGAAGGCAUGCAAAGCACCACAAGCACCAUAGGAGCACAGAAUCUAGUGCUUCUGAUUCGUUGAGUGAUGAGAAUGAUGGUAGAAUUCGGAAGAGGCAUCAUGCAAGGCACCACAAACGUCACCGACACGAGUCUAGUAGUUCUGAGUCUUCAAGCGAUGAAGAUAGGGGUGCACUUGGAAGGAAAAACCAUGGAAAGCACUGCAAGCAUCAUUGGCAAUCACAUAGCAUUGGCUUAAGCUCAUCUGAUUCUGAUGUUCACAAACAUGAGCAAAUGGGCAGAUCUUCAGGGAAGUUAUCUGCUGACAGUCAUGAUGAAGCAGAUAGAGGACUAAGGCCCAGAAGCAGUCAUAGUCACCACCAUCAUCACCACAAAGAUCGCUAUCGCCAAGACAAGGAUAACAAUGAGCAACAUCAGUUGGAAGGGAAGAAUUAUUUGCUUGAGAAUUCAGCUGAACCCAAUGGAAAGCGUCGUGAAGAUAGCACAGAGAAAUACCUGAUAGAGAACGGCAGCAAUGGUGCCUAGGACGGGCAAAAUUGCUGGACUCUUUACAUGCUUGACCAAUAUGAUUGCUUCUGGUUGAUUUCUAGUUGAUUGGCGGGGUUAUAAUAAAAGCUUUUAUGAAGACAAUUAGCUGUGACUGUUCCAGAAUUGUGGGAGACUAUGUUUAGUAUGAAAUUUUAUGGCUCUUUACUUCUUCUUUCCAGUGGUAAAGUUUCUGAUGAUAUUUUCAAUUUAAAAUAGAAUACAUUUCUCUUC